CACGAAUUAAGCGAAGUGGACAAGAAUGAAAGUGGAUGUUAUUUUUGACUCAUUUUGACCACUUUAAAGCAAACAUCUUUCUUGGUACAGCGAAAACAACGUCAGACACAGCCUCAGGAAAAAGCAUAUGGGCGCUCAUGAUUGAACCGGUUCGCGUCGACAUACCCCUUUUCUUGUUGAAACGAAAGCUUUGGAUUUGCUAUUUAUCUUCCACUAUAGAAUACACCCUCGAAUCUGUCUUCGCUCGCGUACAAAAAGUUUCUCCCUUUUCUCGAGCGAGAUUCCGGCGGCCGAUGGCCCUCGAUCACGAGAGAGGAGAGGGUGACCACAAGAAGCUGUGGUCGCACCUAAAGAUGCCGUUUUGGCAGUCGCCGUCUCCCGCGACUUCGUCGUCGGCUCCCGCGCCGUCGUUUCAGCAAAACCAGAGUGUCCACCUCGAUCACCAGCUCAGUGAUCAUCACUCUACGAACGCGGUGGCUGCAAUGGCGAAGUCUCUACUUCCCGCGAGGCGAAGACUCCGUCUUGAUCCUCCAAACAAGCUCUUUUUCGCAUAUGAACCUGGCAAGCAGGUUAGGAGUGCCAUUGAGAUCAAGAACGUGUCCAAGACUCAUGUAGCAUUCAAGUUCCAAACAACUGCCCCCAAGAGUUGCUACAUGCGGCCUCCAGGGAGCGUGCUCGCUCCUGGAGAGAAUCUCAUUGCGACAGUGUUCAAAUUCGUGGAGCCCCCCGAGAACGACGACAAACCAGUUACCCUGAAGAGUAUCGUUAAGUUCAAAAUCAUGAGUUUAAAAGUCAAUGGGCAAAUGGAUUAUGUCCCUGAACUGUUUGAGGAACAGAGGGACCAAGUGACUGUUGAGAAAAUUCUGCGGGUGGUUUUCCUCGAUCCAGAGCAACCGAGUCAUUUGCUGGAAAAACUAAGGCGGCAACUGGCUGAGGCCGAUGCUACCCUCGAGUCACGCAAGAAACCUCUAGAAGAGCCUGGUGUGGGCCCUGUCAAGGAAGGACUCGUCAUAGAUGAAUGGAAAGAAAGAAGAGAAAGGUACCUAGCACAGCAGCACGUUGAAGGCGUCGAUUUGGUUUAGACGAGUUCAUUCUAAGCUCGCGACUUCUUCACGAGGAGAUCAAAGCACCAACGUGCCGUCACACAGGUCUCUUCACGCAUCGUGAAGCUAAUGAGAAGCGACCGAUGGCAGUAUCUCGUUAAAGGGCCACGACUCUCGGCAGUGAGUUAAGUUCAAACUUUGUAGUGAGAUUAGAUGGAGCAGGUUUUGCUGUUGAACUCAGUGCGUUGCAGGCACCAACGUUUCCCUUUGGUCGUGCUUGAGUUUUGGUGGCGGAUUCUAAUGUAAGUUGUGACGCAAAAA